UCGAGCCUCAAGACUCAAGACCCGAACUUUGCCCUAAAGGUCACUCUUUUUUCGCCAAAACGAAGACGACGGUCUCUUCAUUUUCAAAAUCCUUCAUCUCUUUUUAGCUCAGGCAAUGGAGGAAGCAAUCGCCAAAGCAGAUAAAGAGGUUCUUGCUGAGAUCGUGAAAUUCUCUCAAAAGAACAGCCUGAAAGGAUCUAAAGGAGGGUGGAAAGAGUUUUUGGAUUCUCACGACCAGAAAUUUGGCUCUGGGUUAAGCGAUCCAUCGAAAAGGUCUGCUGAUGUGUUGAUUGCGUUUCUGCUAACGUUCACCAAAAAAGAUUGCAAGUUCCUUAGUAAAAUGAUAAAGCGGCGGAGUGAUCGUGCGGAGAUGGAGAGGUUUGUUAAAGAGUUUCCUGAUCAGGAAACCCCGGAACAGAGGUUGGUCCAGUUGACUGUUGAGCACCCCCAAUACACUCAACAUUACUCCUUCCCAUCCCAUGAUGAGGACUGGAUGAUUGUGCCCCUAGGUAAAAUUUUUAAGGUAAUGAGUUCACAAACAUUACUUUCUGUUGAUUGCGAGAUGGUUCUUUGCCGAGAUGGUACUGAUGCGGUAGUCAGAGUAUGUGCUGUGGGUCGGAACUUGGAGGUUAAACUUGAUAAACUUGUAAAACCCAGUAAAGAUGUUGUUGACUAUAGAACAUAUAUUACUGGUAUCUCUGCUAAAGAUUUGGAGGGCGUUACAUGUUCAUUAGAUGAAAUACAGAAAAGUUUGAAGAAGUUGUUAUCACAUGGUACAAUUUUAGUUGGCCACGCGUUACAUAAUGAUCUGAAAGCAUUAAAGAUUGAUUAUCCACGAGUCAUUGAUACAGCAUCCAUCUUCAAGUUGAAGAACUUGCCUACUACUUAUUCACCUUCAUUAAACAAUUUGUGUAAGUCUGUGCUGGGUUAUGAAGUUCGUAAGGAAGGUGAACCACAUAAUUGCCUUACUGAUGCACAAGCUGCAAUGAAGUUAGUGCUUGCCAAGCUGGAGAAUGGAUUUGAUGAUCCGAUUGCCAUUGAUGGAAAAAAUGUGCCAGAGUCUGAUCUAAUGAAGCUGUUUCUUCACAAAGUACCUGUUGAAGUACCUUGUCAAGAAUUGCGGGGUGUAUUUUCUGUGAAAUAUGAUAUUGAUAUUCAGGAUGAUUUAAGAGUUCGAGGCCAACACUAUUCUACUUUUGCCAUUUUUAAGGAUGCGGGAGAUGCCUACUCCGCAUUUAGAGGAAUAGAAGGGCAAGAAACCAUGGACACUAGCGGACGUCUACAGAAGAAUGUCACGCUCACACAGAGCACGGGACGAACAUUUACUUUCUAUGUCCGCAGGAUGACAGCAGACGGUCUUCUUAAUAACAUCAAGUUCCCAAAGAAAAGAAACGCCCUAGAAGAUGACACCCAAGACCAGAAAAGGCAGAGAACGUCCCUGCUACAGUGUUAUCACAUAGAAGAAAUCGAGAAGCUGAAGCAGGAGCUCCGAGAUAGAGAUGAUCUUGUGAAAGAAAUCGAGAAAUUAAAGCAAGAGCUCCGAGAUAGAGAAGAUCGUGUCGAAGAAAUCGAGAAAUUAAAGCAAGACCUUCAUGAUAGAGAAGAUGAGAUAUUUAAAUUGCAGGAGAUUAUUGCUUCUCGUGAGGAAACAUGAAUCGUAGACUGAGCUUUCUCAAUAAUAACAAUGUAACAUUAUUUAUCUGUCUCGGGUCUUUCAAUCAGUGUGUAAUUGAGACGGAUAGCUGCUUUCUGCUGAGAGUAAGAAAGCAAUUUUGAGAGAAGAGUAAGAAAAAUCAUCGUUGGUUCUCAACUUCUCAUGGAACUAACUGCUGUUGAAUGUGAUCGAGGCAGAUUUGAUUGAGAAUCUGAUGCAAAACUGGAACAUACCGGAGAAAUCACAUGAUAUUAUUGUAUUUUAAUUUGAGAACUAUUCGGUUAAUAUGUAUCAUGGGAAUGUGGGUAAUGAGAUAUAAUACCUGAGUUUAGGUAAUUGAAACCUUUAAUGUUAUUCUGGUUUUCUUUAAA